GUUCUAAGCCGGAGUUUGUGUAGUAGUCACAUUGUAUCCGUUUACACUUUAAGGGGGAGUAGAAAAAAAAGAGCUACCUAAUGAUUGCUGCGUGGCCGCUGGAAACCUGAUCAUUCAGGGGGGGAGGAGGAGGACUUUUUUUUUUUUAUUUAUUUUUUUUAAAGAGUGGGGGGAAAAAUGUCUUCCCCUCCACACGGGACAGUCCAUGCAGUCAGCAUUAAGCAGGAAGAUGCCCUGGAGCCCCCAGCCUUCUCCAUGGAGCCUGGCACUGAGGAGGGGGUGAAGGGCGCCCCCUACACCCUGGCUUUCUCCCCGGAGCACGUCGCCUGUGUGUGCGAGGCUCUGCAGCAGGGGGGGGACCUGGACAGGCUGGCCCGGUUCCUGUGGUCGCUGCCCCAGACCGAUCUGCUACGUGGCAAUGAGAGCAUUCUCAAAGCCCGGGCGCUGGUGGCUUUCCACCAGGGCCGGUACCAGGAGCUCUUCUCGGUCCUGGAGAGCCACAACUUCGACCCGUCCAACCACGCCGUGCUGCAGGACCUGUGGUACAAGGCGCGGUAUAACGAGGCGGAGAAGGCCCGGGGGAGGGCGCUGGGGGCCGUGGAUAAGUACCGGCUGAGGAGGAAGUUCCCCCUGCCCCGGACCAUCUGGGACGGCGAGGAGACCGUCUACUGCUUCAAGGAGAAGUCCCGAAACGCACUCAAAGAGCUCUACAAGCACAACCGGUACCCGUCCCCGGCAGCCAAGCGGAACCUGGCCAAGAUCACCGGCCUGUCCCUCACCCAGGUCAGCAACUGGUUCAAAAACCGCCGCCAGCGCGACCGCAACCCGUCCGAAGCGCAGUCCAAGAGGUAAGCCCGGGGGUCGCACCGUGAGCUCAUCAACAUGGCGCUCACACUCAACUUUCCCAGUGUCCCGGGGCAGCGGGGAGAGGGUCGCACCGUGAGCUCACACUCUUCUUUCCCAGUGUCCCGGGGCCGCGGGGAGAGCGUCGCACCGUGAGCUCAUCACCAGGGCGCUCACACUAAACUUUCCCAGUGUCCCGGGGCAGCGGGGAGAGGGUCGCACCGUGAGCUCACACUUAACUUUCCCAGUGUCCCGGGGCAGAGGGAAAAGGGUCGCACCGUGAGCUCAUCGACAUGGCGCUCACACUCAACUUUCCCAGUGUCCCGGGGCAGCGGGGAGAGGGUCGCACCGUGAGCUCACACUCAACUUUCCCAGUGUCCCGGGGCAGAGGGGAGAGGGUCGCACCGUGAGCUCAUAGAUAUGGCGCUCACACUCAACUUUCCCAGUGUCCCGGGGCAGAGGACUUGGUGUGAGAGUCCUGGCUGGGGGAAGGGGUGGGAUGGAUGGAGCUCUCUCUCUCUGUAUAAAUGAUUAUUUAACGUUCUUUUUGUUGACUUGGGUUUGGCUAACAGUGGGAAUAUUUGGCUAGAUGCAGAUACCAACCGAUUCUUUAUUUUUUUAGGGUUUUUAUUUUGACAGCGUAAAUGAUUGACCAGUUUUUAAUGCAGUGCAGAGAGAGAGCAUGGCAGAUCCAGCUGCAGUGUUUUGAAACCUGAUUCUGAGCACAUUCAGCUCGAAUUUCAUUGAAAUCCUAGAUAGGCGAUGACUCCCCUGUGCCAAUGCACUUUGAUCGCCUUGCUCAUUUGCAUUGCCCAUUUUAUACUUUGCUCUCUUGCAGCUCACAGCAGAUCCCCCAAAGCAAAUGCCUGGUUUGUUUCCAAUAAUGUAUUUUUUUUGUCUGUGAGUUGAGGAUAUAUGGGAUGAUUUGGAUAGUAGGCAGUAUGUGCCUGUUGGUAGAUCCUUUUUGUUUUUGGUGUACCCAAGACUCGUUUAGAAGACAAUGCAUUUCUUUUAAUGGCAAGGGAACUGGAAGGUAUUGGGCACUGUAUUUGGUUCCCCCACUCCUUAGCAAGGUGAGCUAGAUGGCAAAGAGUGGGGGCUUUAUUUUAUUGCUAGACCUGGCAGUCAUGGUGAGCAUGCAGAACAGAUGUGACUUUGUUCCCCCAGAACUUCCAGUCUUGUUUAGACAGUUUGUUUUACUGCACAAGGAAUCUUGAUGAGCUCUACCUCUCAUGUGGUUCUCCUCCUCUCCUUUCUUUUCCAGGCACACCUUUUGUUCAGAUCUUGUGUACAUUUCCUCAUUUAUGCAGGGGGUUAAAUAAUCUUUGCAUUCAUGUGCUACUAUGUUAAAAGGCUGCAACCAUGUCCUUUUAUAUCCUCCAUCUUAGUGUUGCAAUCUCUCACCUAGCAAUCUGUUUCUUAAUCUUAAAGCUUUGCUCCUUUUUAUUAUUUUUCCCUGUUUUUCUUUUCAAGAAAUAUUGUUUUGUUUUUACAGCACUUGCAGUGUGCUGAGUGUUUUUUUUUUUUUUUUUUUAAAGGAUUUCUCUCUUCUAUGACUAAGGGACAAGAGAUUCAAAACCAUUAUUUUGAAUGUCUGUACAUGUUUAGUCUUUUUAGACAUAUUGUAGCUCAAGGCAUUUGCUUAAGUCUUUUUUUUUUUUUUUUUCUUCUUUCAAUAGUUAUAGUGUUUUAUGUAAAGCAGUCCAGCAAUGCAGGAGUUAACUUGUUUCCAUUCUUGGUGUUGUUUCACCUUAUCUUUCUAGGUCUCCCUUGGGUUUGGCCUGCCAGGUGUAGGUGACCUCUUAUUCUAACAGAAAGCCAAACCCUUCCCUAUUUCUGAUUUUUUUUUUUUUUUUUUUCCUGCCUUCCAUUUGCAGCACUUAAUAACAGAACUUGCCUUAAGGCAUUUUUCUUGAAAGGCGCGAAUAUGCUGAACUAGUGUUUUCUAAGCAAAUGUACAGGCCACACAUUUUGCAGAAGGAGGCAGUUGACGCUUAAGUCUCAGUGUUUACAGUAACAAAUCUAAUGAUAAAUAGCCCUCAACAGAAUUCUUCUUAACUAUCCUGUGGUUUUCCUAUUAUUUAUUUUAUUAAAACUAUUUCAUUAAUUUGAAUGUAAGAAAGAUAGCUCCUGUUUGUAACUGGUUUGGGUGAAUGCAUUGCAUUGUGAUGUAUUGCAGUUUCUUUAUAUAGUGGCAAGUAGAUUUACUGAUACAACAGAAAUACUAAAACGAUUGUUCGCUAAUCUCCAAAUUUUAGUGAAUUAAAAUCUGAAAGGCAAAUGUAAUGCUAAAAUAGAUGAUUUGGAUAAAUUCCCCUUCUCUGCUGUUGUCAUUGAUUUGGCUAAUUUAGUCUGUUUUGUUGUUUGGAUAUAAUUUGCUGAAAUUAGUUUGGUAAAUAACCCUGUUAUUGGAAAGAUUUUUGCACUUCAGCAUAUUCUAAACUUUAUGAAUAAAUUGUUUUUUUUUUUCUUUUUAAAAUACCAAAACUUGAAGGAGUGAUGAUAAAUAACUUGAGUAGAUAUGUCUUUCAAAUCAAGUCUUACAAUGGCUUCCACUUCCUUCAGCUGAGCAAGAUUUUAUUUAUUAAUUUAUUUUUUUAUUUUUUUGCAUUACAUAACUGGUAACAUACAAAACUGUACACGUUUCUGGCAUUUAGGAACCAAUUAUUAUUUAUUGAAUCUAUGACUCACCAAACUGUAGUGAAUUGAAAGCUAAAUUGCAACAUUAGCCAAAAAUAGUUGCUUUAGAAAAAUCCUUCAGGCUAUCAAGAGCUUGGCUAUUUUUUGCCUCCGUUCUCCAGUUUGGAGUUCUGUUAACAAUAUAGUUGGGUUCUUGUUGAGUAAACCCCAGUGUAUGUAUAAUAAUAAAUAUUAUAAUUUUUUUACGCAUACUCACACAUUUUUCCCCCACUGUUUACAUGUAAUAUAUUAAACAUACUCUUGAUGCAAAACCAUUUAUUUUUUUUCUGAGGCUUGAUUGAAACAGAGCAGCUUUUGAAAUAUUCAUAAAUCUUAAAUGCGUCUCAUGCAGACCAUGGUUUUUCAAUUUGGAUUGCUCUGUCUGACAGUUUUAGGAUCAUUUUGAAAAUUUUUCAUACUGAGCUCUAUAAAAGUUCUCAAUAAAAAUGGCUUGAGAUUUUAUGUCGCAUUUUCACUUGGUUGCUGUGAAUUUUCUUUGCGAGACCGACUGCAAUCUGUGUUUUUUCCUUAGUUUCUGACUUCAGGGUCUGCAGAUAUGGGGGAGGGGAGGUUUGAUGAAUGGUGAAACAGACAGGUGAAAUUCUUUGGCCUAUCUAAACUACUCUUUCCUGGUUCCAUUAGCACAUCCCCCACUGCAGUGACUUUUUUUUUUUUUUUUUUUCCCUUCUUUUUACGCUACACUUUCACACCUUUUGGGACUUUCUUGUAUAUUCUGUUGUCUUAAGAAUUUUAUUUAUUAUCAAAUCAGAUCCGUCCAAUGUAAACACUGCGUGCAUGUUUUUUUGUGUUAUGUCAAAGCAAACAAUUCAAUAUUUUGAUGACAUUUUUUUCAGGGUUUUACUUAAUUUACAAAGCAUUUUUAGGUUUUAUUUACUGAACUGAAAUCAUGGUGAAAUAACAAAAGGAAUUACAAUGUUUCAGCCAAAAAUAACUGGCCUACAAUUUGCAAUUCUUUACACUUCGUAGAAUCUUUCAUUUGCAUUACCAAAAUAUUCCCAUUUGCUGGAAUAAGCCACUGUUGCCAAAUGGGAAUCCCCGGUUGAAUAACUUGCUUUUCUUACUCCUGCUCUUCUUAGUACAGCAGGGUCUCCAGGUACCCUCCUAUUGACAAACUGAGAAGGGAGAUUUCUGGGGCUUCUCAUCUGGUUUUAACAUAACUUGAUCAGCCAAAAUGUUUAUGCCAGUCAGUGACGUUUGCUUGUUUUGUUUCCACGCGCUGGAAUGUUCGUUCAUAGUUUAAAAAAAAAUAAAAUAAAAAAAAAAUUGCACCUGGGUUAGUCAACCUUCUGCAGACCAUCUGCCAUAGACCACCUCUUCUUUGACAAAUAAUUCCAAAUACUACUAGCCAUGGUCCGCAGCACCUGGACUGACAGUUGACAGUUUUUGUAAUUUGAUUGUUUGCUCAAUGUAUGAUUUAACAAACUUAAAAUUUAUAUACAUUUUUUUUUUCAAUGUUUUACAGUGAAUCUGAUGGCAAUCAUAGCACUGAAGAUGAAUCCAGCAAAGGUCAAGACGACUUGUCUCCUCAUCCCCUUUCUAGCUCAGAUGGAGUCUCCAACAUAAAUCUUACUAGUCCAACUGACACAAUUUAUAUGCAGCAUAUUGGAAAUAAAAUCUCGUUGGGUUCCUCAGGAGUUCUGUUAAAUGGAAGCUUGGUGUCUUCAAACAAUUCACCGGUCUUUCUUAAUGGUGGUUCUCUCAUCCAAGGGCACAAUGGAGUGCUUCUCAAUGGCUUAAACAUGGCAAACUCACAAACUGUUACAUUGAAUUCCACCAAAAUGGCUUCAACCAUGGGGAGCAAUGGAGUUUCAAACGGUGACAUCUUGGGGUCUUCAGAAGAUGUUAAAGACUUCAAGAUCUUGCAGUCUGCAAUGUCAGAUUCAACAGCAACAUAUACUAGUACCAUGCAGCCUACCUUCCCUGGGCUAAUACCUGCCACAGAAGUCAAAAGUGAAAAUAUUGAGACCACCACAUCUCAAGAUGGUGGUACUUUGGUUACGUUCACUGGUCCUAUACAGAUAAACCCGUACGGCAUUGUACAGAUCCCCAAUACAGGAACAAAUAGUCAAUUGAUUAAUGGAAGCAUUGGGUUCUCCACACUCCAACUACCUUCUGUUGCAGUUUCACAAGGUAACUUUGUGUUUUAGAAUAUACAUCUUUGUUUGUGUAAACCUGUAUCCUACAUACCUCCCCACUUUGGAAGAUAUGAACUUGGGACAGAGGGGCCAGUCCAAUGUCCAUAUAUGCAAUCCCCACUAAAGGCAGCUUUGACCAUCCCCACUUAUUAUUUCCCGUAUGUGGAGCGCUUCGAAGUGCCCAUGUAUUCAGCACUUUGCACAUCCCACGUACAUUCUUAGAGUUGCACUUGACAAGGCUUGUACCUGGCUCAGAGAAAAGAAACCGGUUUGUAUGUAUGGACGUAUAAUAAAAUCUCUCUCCCUCAAAUUUACAUUUUUUUAUUUUAAUAAUCCAAUUAGUAUUCCAGUAUCUUCACCAUCCAUUGUUAAACAUCGAAAAGUGCUCUUUCAUUCUAGUAAGGGCCUCCAUUUAAUAUUUUUGAAUAAGCUUCCUAACUCAUAUUUUUUUCUUCAAAUUAUUAAAUCUUUUAAAAAGUUUAUCCAAAAAGAAACCAUUGAAAAAUAUGAAAUCGAGCACAAAGUAUCCUAUGGACAGCCUGCAUGUUCCAAAAUAGUUUAUUAUUUUUUUUGUAAAAAUUUUUUUGGGGGGGGUAUUAAAAAAACAAAAACAAAUUUGGAACGUGCUAGUUUAGCUGCUAUGACACCUCUACCCCCUUCCUUUUUUACUUUUUUUUUUUUUUUUUUAAGUCAAGGUUGUUUUUAACAGUUGUUAUUUAUGAACCACUGGUGGCCCUGCCAUGUGUGUUUCCAGCAGUAUGUGAUAAAAGUAAUGUGUUUUUAAGGCUUUUUGUCAGGUUCUACUUGAAAAGCAAAAGUUUGUGAAAUUCACCUUUAAUUUAAUUCCAAGUCUAGUUAUAUCCGCUUUGUGCAAUUUCCUCUUGGCUAGUUAGAGUGACUUAAAUGAAAGUGGUGUAUUAUUUUUUUUUUUUUUUAUAAUGUGUGUGUGUGUGUGUGUAUACAUUUUUUGUUUUUAUAAUAUGUGUGUGUAUGCUAUUACCUUCUUUGUAUAUGUAUUAUUGUAAAGUCCUUGGGCACUAUGUCCUGCCAUGUGGUUACUGCCCUAUAUAUAGCACAGCUGUUCUGCUUUGUUCUAAAAAUACUGUACAUGAAUACAUAAAAUGAAGCUUUAGUCUGUGUACGUAGCUCUGUGGGGUUCCCUAACCCCCUCCCCUCUUUCCCUUGUGUAAAUGGUGACAUGCAGGAGGUAGAUUAAACUAUAAAGAAUGAGGUGUCAUACUAGCCAUAGUAGCACAAACUGCUCCCUUCAUAUCUAUUCAGAAUAAUCACCUGGAUAGAGUCCGUUCCCUGAGGAUCUAGUGUGGGGUUCAUGUUAUCUAUUCAUCCAGAGCACAGAUCUCUCGCCAUUGGGGCUUUUAAAUGUCACAUCCUGGCACUCUCUAUCAGCAAUGGAGCCCAAGAAUGGAAGAGAUCCUGGAAGGAAGAUCUGUGCACUAGGUGAACCGAUCUCUCUAUAGCUGGCUUUAACCCCUUAAGGACCAAACUUCUGGAAUAAAAGGGAAUCAUGACAUGUCACACGUCAUGUGUCCCCAAGGGGUUAAACUGGUACAGAUAGAAUUGUUUGGUUCUACGGCCUAGACACUGCAUUGUGUGUCCCUUUUGGCACUAAAAAUGGUGCCAAGGCAGUACAGGUCCAUUUCCAGUUUUAUUCAUGGAAAUACUUUUUUGUGAAAUUUCAUUCUCAUUCCAAAACAACGUUGGAUGUUAACAUUUCACAUUCCCUAUCCAGUAACUUUAAAGACUAACUACCUUUAGAUCUGUUAUUAAAUAGCAGCUCUCAUUUAUUUUUUAAUAUCCUUAAAGUCCCACUAUAGUGCCAGGAAAACAUACUCGUUUUCCUGGCACUAUAUUGCCCCCACCCUCAGGGACCCCCUCCCGCUGGGCUGGAUGGAGAGGAAGGGGUUACACUUACCUCUUUCUCCAGCGCCGGACGGGGCACUCUUCUUCCGUCACCGGCUGAAUGCGCGCGGCUCUUGCCGCGCAUGCGCAUUCAGCCAGUCCAUAGGAAAGCAUUCUCAAUGCUUUCCUAUGGACGCUGGCGUCUUCUCACUGUGAAAAUCACAGUUAUAAGCACGGAAGCCUUUAGCGGCUGUCAAUGAGACAGCCACUAGAGGCUAGAUUAAUCCUAAUGUAAGCAUAGCAGUUUCUCUGAAACUGCUAUGUUUAUUUUAAAAAGGGUUAAACCUAGCUGGACCUGGCAUCCAGACCACUUCAUUUAGCUGAAGUGGUCUAGGUGCCUAUAGUGGUCCUUUAAUAUCGACUAAAGUACAUAUUGAAGGAAAGAGAUAUUAUAUAUAUAUAUAUAUAUAUAGAUAGAGGUAUAGAUAGAGGUAUAGAUAUAGAUAGAGAUAUGAUAUAACUGCUGAUGUUCCUCAGACAAUGAACUCUGUCCAAAAUGAGAGAAACUUGAUAUUUCUAAAGCAUAAAAUGUACUUCCAGGGGAUUCCUAUAACCAUAACUACUGAAGUGUCUAUUACUACUGUCUCUUCAUUUCCUGGAAUUGUAUUAAUUUUUAAUUUUUUUUUUUAUUUUUUUUUUACUUUGACAUUCUAAGCUCCAAAACCAUUACAUCCUUAAUAUCCUGUCUUUAAAAUGUGACAAGUGUAAACAAUGCUGUUUCUGUAAAAAGGCAGUGUUUACGGUUGUAAGUCAAAAUGUCUGUAGUGGCGGUCAAUCAUUCCUUUUUAAAUGCUUCUUCUAAAGAAACAUUAAAUAAACUUGCUCUCUAUGAGAAACAUCCUAUCGGCUGAGCACAGCAGGUGCUGCGCAUACUUCAUGGGGUCCCAUUACUUAUGUGAGCAUACGUGUGUUGGACAGAAAAUCUCAGAUGGCGAGGAACUGCUGCAGCGCUUUUAAUGAUUAUUAUAUUAGUGUGUUUUUUUUUUUCUUUAAAACUGUAAUUUUCUGCCUGUAGCCUUAAUUAGAAUGCAGUGUAAGUUUGUGUCUUAUCACAUACCUUUUAUAUUCCUAUGAGCCUUUCUACUGCAAAUUUCAAAUAUUUUUUUUUUUUUUUUUUAACCAAAACGGCUGUUCUGGAGAAUUUUUCUCGAUUUUUGUCUGUUUUUGGCCAAAAAUUUGAGAUUUGCUUUCAAUUGCUGACAAUUCACAUUCUAGUGCAGAGAUGGGCAACCUUAAUCACUCCAGAUAUUAUGGACUAUAUCUCCACUGAUGCUUUGCAGUAUCAUAACUGUUAAAUAAUUAAGGGAGAUGUGGUCCUUCACAUCUUUAGUGCCCAAGGUUGCCGAUCUCUGCUCUAGGGAAUAACUCUAGAAUUCUCUUGUCUUUGCAAGGCAGGUUAUCUGGGCAAUUGCUGCCUCUUGAGUUUGUCUGCACUGAGCCAAGCAAAUCAGGAAGUAACAGGACUAGUUUUCUGACCUCCAGGGGGUGUGUAACAAUGGCACUUUUCUAAAUUAGCAAUCUCUUUUGAAAUCGGUACGUUUUGCAAAAUGAAGGGGGGGGAAAAAGGAUGCACUUUUCACACACACACAUUUUUUCAGAAAGCUAAAGUGCUUUUUGGUUCUGGAGUGCCCCGUUAAGCAGCAGUCUCGGCUCUGCAUUGUUUAUUCGCAUUGAACACUGGAGGACUUCAGUGCCAUCAAGGAUAAAUUCACUAACAGGAUACGAAUCCAUAUAUAUUUUUUUCAGAAUAACCUGAUAGCCGGUGCUCUGAUCCUCCAAGCCCACUAACCUCCAGAUAUGCAGCAUUUCGCUAGUGAUAAUAGACACUAAUAUUACACAUGGCUGUAAAUGUAAAGAUAUUUGCCAUUGUGGAGUCCUAAGUUAUUCUGUUACCGUUUUACUGGAGUUCAUAACGGAUCCAGCAUGGUAUCUAUUUUGUAAAUGCAGCCUUUACUGUUUCAAAACUGAAUAUUGUUACAAAAAUAUUUUGAACACAUGCACAUUUUUUUUCUAAUUGUACUGAAGUGUGUGUAAUAUAUUUUGGACUGUUUGUGUUUGUGGUGGAGUUGUGUGGGGGAGGGGACGGGUGAUUGACCCCUUACUGUAUCUCUCACACCCUGGAUGUAGACUGAUGGGGUUCUAAUGAGGUUCUGCAUUCUAAAAUGGCUUCAGGGCCUCCAUUCUCCAGCACGGAUGUUUUAUUUGUUUAAACAACAUUCAAUUCUAAUGUAGAGCAAGCCAAAUGUCUGAAGCAACUGUUAAGCGCCGUGUUAAAAUGUGCCUCUAUAGCAGUCUGACUAGUCCUGGGGAGAAGGUGGGGGUCGUCUUGAAAAAGCCAUAUGCCCUUUUUGCUUAUUUCUCUGUCUGGCAAGCAGAACCAUUUGGAGAGAAUCCAAAAGUAAUUGCUUGGAAUAGCUUCCUUCCAGUAGAAGAUCUGCAGUGGUAUUUUAGCCAUAUAUUUAAACACUGGGAGGUUUAGUAGGUUUAGUAAUUUCGUAGUGACACAUUGACAUGGGCACACAAUACGCGUUCAAUUAUUCAGUGGACCGUGCUUGGAGAAGAAUGCUGUUCAUUAGCAUUGACAAGUUAUCUCUUUGCUGAAUGCUCUUAUAUAUUCUUAGAUUCUAAAUUAACUAAUGGACAAGUACCUGUUCUGUAUUUAAAAGAACAUUCCCUCUACUUAAUGCUUUAAAUUUAGCCCCCCUCCACCCCCUCCAAGGCUGACUUCUAAAAGAUCUAAGCUGAUUCUCACACUUUUGUUGAACUAAUGGCAGUCGCACGCAUGCGGUGUAUAAUGUGGUGGACAGUACUUUUUUCCCAUUGAAUUGAAGAGAUCCAGUAUUUUCAUGUUUCAUUGUAAUUGCUGUUGCAGCUAUAUCCAUGUCGUCAUCCUUUUUUCUUUAUUAAUUUUUUUUUUUUAUAAAGUAUUUAAAUUUGAUGAUAUUGCUUCGGCUAUUUAAGGACUGCCCGAGUUGUAUGUUUGCACUUAUUGCAAGUGGGUGCCACCAUCCCACCACUAGGCAGCUUUAGAGAAGAGCCCAAGCUGUGGAAUAGUUCAUGGUUCCUCACUAUCCUUGUGCCCCCUUUUUUCCCCACCCACUGCCAUCACUGGAUGCAAAUGUUGGAGCCACUUCCUGGUCUGGGAUAGGUCUGUCUCCUGCUUACAGUGUAUUGGCAGGAACAUUUGUAGACAAGUCUUUUUUUUAAAAAAUAUUCCUUUUAAAUUGUGGGGGGUUUUUUUUUGGUGCAUUUAAGCCCUAGAGUAUCUUUUUGUGAGAUUUAAUCUUAUCUUAUGACCAUUAUGUAAUAUACCUAUGGGUGUGCCUAAGAAGUAUGUUGCCCUACCCUAGAGCCAACAAAUCGAAUGCAUUAACAUUAAGCUUUUGAAUGUUUCUGCAAAUAUAAUAUACAAUGAAGUUCAAACGUGUUCUGUAAAUGGUUAUUAGAUUUAUUCUAACUGGAAUGCUGUGUCAUAAGUUGUCACCUUUGUAUCCUUGGCCAUGCGCACAAAUAAUGACGAAUGAUCAGUGAAAUAUGUUGGAUCUCCUGCUGAUUGACAACUGCAAUAAAUGGGAAUUUUUGUAAGUAGAAGUACAGGUUGUGCCAUUUUGAGCUAUGUAAAGCUUUCAUACUUUGAAACUUAUUUUAUUUUCAUAUUUGUGCGGGGGAUUAAUUAUUUAUUUUUUUUUUUUAAAUCCAACACAAUUUAAAAAAACAAACAAACAUUUUUUAUAUAUAUAUAUAUAUAUAUAUAGUGUGUGUGUGUGCGCAAGACAAAUUAUUACAUUAUAUAUAUUAAAAAAUAAAGUUUUAAAGUUGUGCUGAUUUUAAAUGUACAAGUGGUUUGGUUUCCUUACCGAAGUCAACAUUAUGUCGUCUUACAAAUAUUCAGAUUCUUGAUGAUUUAGUCUGUUAUGAAUUGACUUAGUAACUGAGAGCUUAUUGGGAUCUUCUGCAAGGUAGUCGUUGGCUUAAUUAUCUUUGGCUUGUGGUAAUAAAAAUACAAUAUAGUGUUAAAUGUACUUCUGUCCUUUCUGGGCUACUGCAAGAGAGUCAAGAAGUCGUCUGAAAUGAAAUCCGUCAGUCUGUCCAGGCAUAUGGCAGCCUUGAGGAGAAAAAAACCCCCAAUAAAAGUGCUAAUUGCCUUUUAAGAGUUUUCCUGAUUGAGGCAGAUGUGGCACGCAUUGCAGGUAAGAUACUUUUUUCUUAAAUUUAUGCCAUAAUUUUAUUUUCCCCUCACAUUCCUGUAUCUGAAUUUUUUUUUUUUUUAUCUCCUCCCUUCUCCUUGCCGUUUUGGCAUGCACUUUUUUUGCUCAUAGAUAAUUUAAUUCUUAUAAAUAUAUUUUUUCUUUUUUAAACCGAUAAUUUGUCUUUAAGGUCAGACCCAGACGAGGUCACUCAGAUCUCUUCUUUGAGCUCAUUUGCAGUAGCUCAGUCCGUAGGAUCCAGGGCUGCAGACCACUUUUGUAAGUAUAGCUGGGAGGGGGGGGAAGAAAUGUUUUCUUGGUAACUGACUGACUGAGUGAUUUUAUCUCUAAAUAUUGUUUUUUAACUUUUUUAUUUUCUAUAGGAGAUGUCGUACGCUCUUCUGCCAAAGAUCGCAUGAACCUGGAUCAGACACUUUCACCACAGAGAGUGAAUGUUGAUUCUCAGAAGACAAUUCGGCAGAGCGUUGAUCUAGACAUGACGCUCAAAAGAGAGUCAAAUGCCGGUCUCCACAAAACCUCCCCCAUAUCCUGCAUGUAUCCACCUUUUCCAAAAGCACUGGAUAAACCUCACUCUUCUAAAUUUAAUUCAGAGCAAACGCUGAAUGAAGAACAGAAUAGGGUAGAAAAUUGUAACUUUCAAGAAACCACCAAUCCUGGAAUCCUUUCAUUUCCUGUGAACAGAGCCAAAUCUGGCAAGACCCAAUUGGAAACAGGAGAAACCUCAGAAAGUUUUAUGUCAAUAGAAGAAUCCUUUUUUCCAGACAUAAACGCUUACUUUGACAGUGAAUCGUCUUCCCCUUUACCGCGGCCCAAACAGAGGUUUAAAAAAAAGUUUAGAAAGCGUUCUUGGAGGCUGUCUGAGUCUUCUCAUGUUGUGGAUCUUCCUUGUAGUAGAAACUUGGACCGUAUUCCUGCAAAUCUUAAGCCAAAAAUGCAGACCCCGAUCUCGUCAGUUGAUGACCGACUUGAGGAUCUAUGUGAGCUACAGAAGACUGUGGCUGCUGAACUCCAUGGACUACGAAGUGAGGUGGCCAACAUUGGAGAGAUUCUGGGAAAGAUGUUACAAGUUCUUGAAAAGUCUGUGUGCUCUCCCACUACAGAAAGUAGUUCCUUAAGGAAUGCCUGAAUGCCAGUCUAUCCACAGUUACUGUAGACCACAUGUUAGGAGGAUGUCUUGGUUUUCAUAAACCUAUAGGAUUAGUUUUUUAUUUGCAUUUUUUUUUCUGUUUUAUAUUUUGUAUAAAUGUAAUAAUUUGUCUUGCUUAGUUUACCUAAUAUAUUAUUAAAUAACUUUUAAAACCGUUUUCUUAUACAUUAUCUCUCUUGCUUCUGUUCCUAUAUUAUCUCUCUUGCUUCUGUUCCCUUUUCACAUGAUAGUAUUAAACCGUGGCUUAUUUGGCAGGGGCUCAAUAAUUAAUUGGACUGAUCUUGCAGAAAGUACUCUUUAAAAACACACGUCAGUGUGUUAUCAGCUCUUGUCUACCUACAACACUGUUAAAAUCAAUGUCUUGAAAGUGAUUAAAGGAUAUACUGGAGACGUCUCCAAGCCAACAGACUGCACAUACACACAAAAAAAAGAAAGUAAAUUAAAUUAAAAAAAUAAAUAUAUUUAUUUUGAGGGGAGGGGGUACCAAAACAAAGCAUAGCUGUAUAGAACUAUAAAUAAUUCGUCCCCUCCACGAGGGAUUAACGUUAAUGUCUCGAGAGUUAACUUACCUUUAUUUCCCACGGUGUGGUGCUCUUUCCAAUGAUGGUCUUGCCUCGGUUUGUAAAUAGUGGAGGUUUAUGCCGUUCUUUCACAGAAGUGCAUCUUGUAGCAGUUAUGUUUUCCAGUCAUUGGCAGGUUAACCCUACAGAAUGGCAAUGUUUUCAACUGCAGGGUUAAAAUGGGGGAGGUGGGGGUGUGUUAAUUGGUACCUACACCACCUAAAUUAAUAUGACGUGGUGUGGGUGCCUAUAGUGUUCUUUUAAAUAAGUAGAAUAUGCUAUACUAGCACGUGGAACUAGAUUGAGAGAACAGCAUAAAAUUUUAUUGGUCCUUAAAGGAUCACUAGAGUGUCAGGAAAACACUCAUCAGGGCCCCCCUCCCUUGGCACUUUAAUCCAGCGCCGGCAUCCCUCAGCGCUGGUGACCUCCUCCCCCGGCCACAUCUGCUCCCAAGUGGAGCGGCAUGCGCGUCAAGAGUCGCACGCAAAUUCAAACUGUCCAUAGGAAAGCAUUUCUCAAUGCUUUCCGAUGGAUGUUCUGGAUGCGGUUUUCGCAUCCAGCGUCGCAGAAGCAUCUCUAGCGGCCCAACUGCUAUGUUUACAUCUGAAGGGUUAAAACCUGGGGGACCUGGCACCCAGACCACUUCAUUGAGCUGAAGUGGUGUGGGUGACUAUAGUGUCCCUUUUAAAGAGAGUUUCUGUUGUAAAAAUAUUGAUGAAAUUAAUGUUAUUUAUAAUUCCCAAGUCUACAAAGUUGAUUUUGGACAACACUGGAGAUAAAAAGUAACCUGCCCAAUCUAAAUAAUAUAAUUAAUGUUCUUUGUGUUCUUUAUGAUAUAUGGAGAUGCUUUUCCUUGUAAGUUUGUGUUUUUAUUUUUAACAAUAUGUAUUUAUGUAAAACAAGUAAUUACCAAACUGCUUUUUGUCUUGAUGUGUUUUUAACCAGUUUCAGAGAAAGGUGGGGUACAAAGUACUGGAUACUUUUAGUUUUGCAUUCUAAAAGCGGUAGCCCAGAACUGCUUAAGGUUUUGGUAAAUUAAGACCCAUGUCUUGAUGAAUAGAAAAAACAGAUGAUGAACUGUUUUAUUGGUUUGCAAGGUAUUGGCUGUUGUAAGAUUAUUUCAUUCACACUGUCACUGAGUUCAGCUUUCAGAAAUCUUUAGAUCAACUUUAUUUUUUUGCAUUCCAAGAGCGGAUAAACACAGGGAACAUAUUGUGACUUUCAUUGUAUUGUUCUAUAUCUUUAAAAGAAAAAAUAUAUCUGUAUAGGUGUGCGCACGCGUAUAAUGUGUAUUUUAUUUUUGUUUAAAACUAUAUUUUAUAUGUAUUUCUUUCUAUGCAAGGAAAAAUUGGGCACUUAGUGUCCAGCAUAUGGACGCCGAAUGUGAAAUAAAUUUGGUUAUUAAAUCUUUAUUUGAAACCAUAUAGAUGUAUAUAUAUCUCACUAUCUUAAUGCCCCUGCAGUCUUGCAAAUGUAAACAAAGUGGUUUUAAUGUUUAGAGCUUCCCUUUAAUAUUUGCUUUUUAUUGUUUUGCAUUUACUUGCUGCUGAGUUAAUAUAUCUGGAAAACAAACUCGAACAGCUUAGAUGGAAUUUAGUGGAAUGAAAAAUCCUACUAUUGCACCAGAAUUUCCUUAUUUUUUUUUUUUUUAUUUUUUUUUUUAACCCGCAGAUAGAAUUUGGUGUGGGUUGGUGCUCACUGCUCUUCACCUUUACUUGGAUUUGUUGUAGAAUUAAAGGAUGGCAGAACGUCAGUUGCAUUUAAAAACAGCUGGGGCUCUACUGUUCUUUGUCGAUUUUGUUUAAACCCUGUGGAAGGAGAAAAUCCGUACUUGCGUAGCAAUUUAAUACAGUGUUUCAAGUUUUAAUGUUCAUAUUCCAUUUAAAGGACCACUCUAGGCACCCAGACCACUUCAGCUUAAUGAAGUGGUCUGGGUGCCAGGUCCAGCUAGGCUUAACCCAUUCUUUUAUAAACAUAGCAGUUUCACAGAAACUACGGGGAGGAGGAGAGCUCCCGGCCCAGCGCUGGAAAAAGGUAAGUUUUCUUUCCCCCUUUCCCCCUUCCAGAGCUGGGCGGGAGGGGGACCCUGAGGGUGGGGGCACCCUCAGGGCACUAUAGUGCCAGGAAAACGAGGUAUGUUUUCCUGGCACUAUAGUGGUCCUUUAAGUCACAGAUAACCAGUAGAUAAGCUACAGGUUUGAAGCCAGUAAUGCACCGCCUUGCUUUUAGUUCUGUUAUAAUGGCUAUCAUGGUAAUUUGUAGCUGCCUUCGAGAGUCAGUGGUGUACAGUAACCCAUUGCUUACGCAUGCCCCACUGUUGCCAGCGGUCUUUUCUCCUAUCUGAAAAAAUAAGGCACAAAACUAAGCUAGAAAGUAUUUUACAGCAAAGCCAAAAUGUUGAAAGUGAUCAAAAAAGCUAAACGCAGGAUUUUGCAAACUAAUUUAGGAUGUCCCCUUGCCCUCCUUUCUCUCCCCCCCUCCCCCCCAACCCCCAAAUCAUCAGCAUGCUAUCAGAAUCCUAUGUAUUUAUCAGAGUGUAUGCAGUUGUAUAUAUCGUUUUGGGUUUAUAUUGGGGAAUAGGCGUCUGACAAACUAAUUAUUUUACUAGGCACGGUACAGGCAGCUUUCUGCACUCCAGAUGGAUAAUAUCUCCCCUAUUUCUCUGCCAGCAUUGUGGCUAUGCUAUAAAAGCAUUAUGGGGGAUAUAGUUCACAAUAUCUGGAAUGCCGAAAGUUACCUAUACAUGUACUAGGCUGGUUUAUUAUCUUAGCCUGGCCCUGUCAGCUACCCCAACUCUAAGCCACAUCCCAAACAUGCUGCCAUGCCUUUUCUGAGUUUAAACCAGCAGUAGCAUGGAGAUCUGUUGAUUUGAUUAACGACUUACAUAGAAACGUAGAAUGUGACGGCAGAUAAGAACCAUUCGGACCAUCUAGUCUGCCCAAUUUUCUAAAUACUUUCAUUAGUCCCUGGCCUUAUCUUAUAGUUAGGAUAGCCUUCUGCCUAUCCCACGCAUGCUUAAACUCCUUUACUGUGUUAACCUCUACUUGAAAAAACGACCGAAAGAUGAAUCUCCCUUAUUUGAGAAUCAGCCAUUACAUAAUGGUUUUUGGGAUGGUUUUUUCGUUCUGAAAUAUGAGCAGUGCAUCUGGUGUGAGUUACUAAAAUAGUAUGCAGCAGACAUGUCUGAUUUAGACUCUGCUGACCAUUGUUUCUUGUGUAAAAAAAAAUCUCCUCCAUAUGUACGAAGUGAUAUUCAAGGCUUUCUUUCUAAAUGUACAGCAAACACAAUGGAAUAUUACUAGCUAUACCACACUUCACUGUUUGACCCAAGUCUACCUGAUAUACUUUGUUACUUGUGAGUCGUUUUUGUUAUUGCAUUCAUUGAUGUUUUGUGAUGGUAGUCAUCCUCUACUUUAAUGUUUCAUUUUGGGAAGCUGAUUUUCUGUUGGUCUUUUCCUUUUCUGAAAUGUUUUUUUUUUUGCUUAUAGGUAACCUUUCGGUCACUGCUGGUACGUCAGAUGGGGGAACGUUUACAAGUGACACCAUCUCAAGUGGUGAUCAGGGUAAGGUGUUCCUUAGUUCCAUCACACCUAGCACAGUAGUCUACACAGUUCCGCAUUCUAUCAAACAAGACGGGCUAGAAAGAAGCCUUGUUUUUUCUCCGCUAAUGCCUGUCAAUCACAACGCAACACAAGUAAAUAUUAGCAUGUCUUCGGAAGACGCUCUUCAGUCUGUUGCAGCCUCCCUUGUAAAUGGAACUAACGCACAGAAUUUUUCACUGAUGUCACCUACCUUAAUAACUGCUUCUGGACAUCUUGCUUCUAUUACUGGAAAUCAGUCCACAACACUGAACCAGUCAAUCUCCUCCUCUGCGGCUACCACAACCAGUGUGACGUCCUGUAGUAGUGCUCACUUUGCACCUCUUUCUAAUUGUCACUACAUCACGACCCAAGAUCUGCUGUCUGUUUCUCAAGCACAGCAUUCUCUGGGGGAAUCUGUUACUACAAGUAGCAACAAUGGUAGCCAUCCUGAAACACAAGUCCAUCAGGAUUUUGGUAGUCGGAACAGCAUGAUUUUGCAGUCUGUGCCAGUCACGAAAGAAAAUUACCUGCCCAGUUCUCACAACACUACAAUAAGUGGGAGCGUCAUGCUGCUGGAUGCAAAAUCAAAGUACGUGAUAAGUAACAUGGUAAAUACUACCUGCGAGGAACUCGAAACGGACAAAAAGGAAUUGGCCAAGCUUCAGAAUGUUCAGAUGGAUGAAGAUAUGCAUGACAUGUAAUAUAUUUUUGUUAGGAAUUGUUUCUGUAAGAAAGAUAAAAUGGCAGUUACUUUAAUUCACGAGGGUUUGAAAUUCAGUUUUCCUAAAGCCGUUUUUCACACAAUCCCAAAGGAUAAACCGUGAAAUAUGGGUAUUAAAGGGAACACAAGUUAAUAAACCUGACAGUGGUCUGACCGUUUAUACCAAUGGUGAAAGGAUAAGUGGAAGAGGUACUGAACAAGUUGCUUUGUUUUUGUUUGUUUUUUUCCCCCCUUGUUCUUGUAUUUGGGUUAUGCUGGAAAUGUGUAUAUAUAGUCCGAACACUAAAAAUGAGCUGCUUUCAAACUCCCGAAUUUAAAAAAAAAAAAAAAAAAAAUUAUUUACACAAAUAUACGCUAUACCUACACACACACACACACACGUGUGUGUAUAUAGAAUGUUUGUGAAAAAAAUAUAAAUUUUUCUGUUUCUUUUUUUUUAUUUCAGUACACAUCCAAAUGUUACAUUGAAAAUGUAACCCUUUUUUUUUUUUUUUGUAGUAGUAAAGAAGCCUUGCUGAUAUUAUCCAAUUUUAUUGUGAAAAUAAAUUUAAACUAUGGAAUGUAUGACCUAAGGUUUUGUACACUAGACAUUUUGCUUCUAGUAAUGCACAAUAUAUAUGCAAGACCUUUUAUUUUAUUUUUUUUAAAUCCUCAAAUAUAUGCAUUCUAUACCUGAAAGCAUUACAUUUUACAUUAUUUUCUUAAGUGAAACAAUUACAAGCUACUUCAGUGGUGUUGAAGUCAACAUUUUGCCCCGUAUUGCAACAUCAGAUUUUGCACUCAGGGUUUAAAUUGAUUGACCACCUUUUUAAGCAAUUUUAGGUACUCUUAAAACUCCUUGUUUUUAUUUUUCUUUAAGCAUUGGAGAUAUUUAGAGAGAGUUCCAUAGGCACUGUAGUACCCUGGCUUGUGCCUUUUUAUCGAUUUUCUUGCAACUAUUGCCUAAUUAUUGUCCCUCCGCCCUCCCUCAUUCUCCUCCCCCACUUACCUGUUUGCUUCAAAAUCCUCCCUUUGGAGCUGCCAGGGUUAUGUGCGCUUUAAUCAGAGAUUGAAAACUAUUAAUUGGGAAAUAAUGUAAAUAAAACAGAUUGCUGUCAGGAAGACUAGCGAUUAGGGAACGUAAAAGAUGUACUUUGACUGUUCAUGAAAUGCAGCCUGAAAUUUAUAUCAUUAAUUUUCAUAAUUUUUGUUCUUUAUUAUUGCUAUUGUGUUUUGUUCUACUUUUUUUUCAUAUAUAUAUAAAUAAUUAUAUUCAUGUAUAAAUAUACCUUUAUUUUCUAAAUUCCCCUGUGCCUUUUGGCCUGUUGGCCAUUUGUUUUUGUAGCAAGCACAUUGUAAAGUGGAAAAGUAGACCUUCGUUUAUAUAUCCGUUUAAAGCUCUUGCUAGUAUAAUUUCUCCAAAGAUUGUAUCCUUAAAUGCGGAUAUUGACGUUUCAUUUUAAUGGACAGUUUUACUUUUUUUAUAUAAACCAAGCACAUGGUAAACACACUCCAUACAAAGGGAUAGACAAUCAAGCCUUUUUACGAAAUAAUUUUCAUGAAUUCCACAAGACCAUACUGUUUUAAAAUUGUUGCCGUUAAACACUACAUAUUUUUUUUUUUAUUUUGUAAUUUUUUUUAAUUUUUUUUAAACCUGGAUUUAGAGUUUGCACUAUUUUACCAUUUUUACUUAAUAGUUAAGCAUUUUGUUUUACUAUUGCAUGGAAACUGCAUUAACCAAUAUAUAAUUAGAUACAUAAUACUCUUUAGUGUUAAUGCCUCUGCUUGUUAGAAAAACUUUCUACAACAUUGACAAAUGUUCACAAAUUUGUCGACUUGACGUUUCUGUAACCAACACAGCACUUGCAUGAUGUGCCUUGGGGAAGGUUGGAAGUACAAUCAGAACUCUUAAAGAAACCUAAAACUUCUCAACUUGAAUAUUUCUUCUUAUCCAAAAUAUAUCUGUAAUGGUGGGGGUGGGGGUCUCUCCCACAUUAACCCAAAACAAAUACAAUGCAUGUCUAAUUAUUGGAUUUGUUUCAUUUUAAGCAGCCUUUUUUGCAUGUUUUUCCACUUUAUUUAUUUUUUAUUUUCUUGUUGUGCCUUAUGAUUAUACAAAUGUCAAACCAUAACUGUAAUGGAGGGAUUUCUAUAUAUAUUAUAUUUGUGUUGUUUUGUUUAAUGGUACAAAUAAUGUCACAAAACAUUUCUUUGCAGUCGCCCUACCAAAGAGGUAUCUGUUUGUUUUUCAUUGUACUGUAAUAGGGAUUGAUGUCUGGACAAGUUUUAUUUUAUUCUGAAAUGAUGUGAACUUAUUUUUCUAAACACUAUACUGAAUAAACUUUUAUAUUUAUAA